AUGAAUCCAUUUGUCGGGGCCAUCAAAAAAGACCAGAGCACGCGUAUGUGGCAUCAAAAUGUGGUAUCUAUCCCAUUAGCCUUGACCGUCAUUGGGCCACUGACAGAGCGGGAUGGGGAGAUGGUAGGUGGAAAGCUCGCAGAGGUCGCUUCGUUUGCCUACCACGAACAGGCCAUACACACCACACUGUCACAGCUAUCUUCGACCUAA